AUGUCCGACCCUAGGCUGGUUGAAAUGGAACCCGGUGGCGAGAGCACACAAUAUGAGUCCAUUACCGAAUUCAUCCAACCGCCGGAAAAGCAGACCGGGCAGCUCGGUGGAGGCCAGCCGCAUACCAAGAGUGAAAUCAAGACCACCUUUGGCUCGGGCGAGAAUGGCACAGGCAACGGAGGAAAUGGAGAAGAAUAUGCUAUGGCACAGAGGCUGGGAAUGGGAAAAGUUGCUGAAGGCAUCAACAAAGAAAAUCGGAAUUCCGACAACCCAGUCGAUGCAGGAGCCGCGAGAACUAGGAGAGAGCAGGGGUAUGGGCCUGGCUCUGGCUUGGGGGCUUAA